UUGCUCGCCCCCCUCCAGGGAGGUCAGACUGCAGGAGCCACAUAAGAGCACCCCUGGGAGCUGCUAGGACUCCAGUGACUUUAUCAGAGACACUGCAGCAAGGUGGAUGCUUGCUGACAUGGGGUUUAAAGGACAGCUUGUCUCACCACUGGACCACCCCACUUUGUCACACAUAUCCAAGCAAGAAUGUAAAUCCCUUUAAGAUCCUGAAGUGAAAUGGCACGAGGGAGAGAUGGACACAGAUGGAUGCACAAGAUUACGAUCACUCAGGAAUGGGAGACCACAAAAGGCACAAGCAGACUCACACACACACACACAUACACACGCUUUCUCCCUUUGCUAGACCCUACACUACCCCUCUGCAGUCAUAAUAAGGCUAGGAGGAGAGAGAGGCUUGGGGGAAUAAGAGAGAGCGGUAGAGGGAGGAAGGGAGGGGCUGCUGAGUGAUGGAGAGGAGGGAGGCUGCACAGAGACAGAGUCACUGUGGCAGAGGCCAGGAGAAAGCUGCGCAGUAGAUGAUCAAGACACGGAGGGAGGUGGAGGAGGAGAGAGAGAGCGAGGGAGGGAGAGAGUGAGGGAGAGAGAGAGGUUUUCCACAGGACAAGAGUGCUGGCAAGGGAAAGGGGGGGGCUUCCAGAUUGGAUGGGCCCAGCGAUGCCUUGAUGGAGCAUGGGCCAGGUUUUAGGAUUCUCCCACUGCCAGGAAUAUGGCUCUGUGGCGUCCACACCAGACUCAACGCCUCCAUGCACUGAUGGCGGAAAUGAGGAGUCAGAGUUGUAUGAGCUGCAAACAGCGAGGGAGUGGUCUGAGGAUGACGAGGGAGGGGAUGGAGACCAAGAUGAUGACGAGGGACGAGCCUCGUCCCCGUCCAUCUGGGGCACGCCACGCCAGAACUCUUUUGAGCUGACGUUCUCUUACAUCGCCAUCGCCGAGGCGGAGGCGGUGGGAGCCUCGCGGCACCUCCGUGACCGACGCAGGGGCGGCUCCCGGGGAAGCCGCACUCCUUUGAUUCGCACGGACACCCUGGAGACACUGCUGGACUCCCCCGACGUGGACUGGGACCCCCAAGUUUUCCUCAGCCGAGAGGAAGAAGAGGAAGCAUCAGAGAGGAGGGAGCGUGAGGCGAGGACAGCGAGCGAGGCACGGAGGAGGGAAAGAGAGCAGCACAGACAGACUGAAACAGUUACAGUCCAGCCCUCUCUCCGAAACCUUGACCCACAACCUCAGGAGGGAGACAGAGGGAUCCAAAGAGGGGAGACACAGAGCUCUCAGCCCCACAGUCCCCAGCCUCCUUCUCCAUCACUGUCUUCCCAGCACCACAGCCCUUCACAGAGCCUGCAGGCAGCAGCAGCAGCAGCCUCAUCACCCCCUGAGCUAGAGUCUCCCGUCGCCAUGGAAACCAUCUCAGUCAAGCUGCUCACAUCUGUGCGACCGAGAGGCGGGCUCAAAGGAGAGACGGCGUCCGCUUCCUCUGCUGCCGUUGGUCUAAACACUCAGGAACAGCUGGUCAGCGAACACUGGUUUUCAGCGCUCAGCCUAUCAGAGGACCCGACAGUAUGGACCCACAUCGCAGUGAUGGACCUGAUCUACUGGAAGGACACGGAGCGAACAGGCAUGGUGCUAACAGGGCUGGUGGUGGGCCUGCUGUCCCUGUUCCAGCUCAGCAUCAUCACUGUGGUCUCCACGCUCUCCCUGGCCAUCAUGUGCUUCACCAUCUCAGUGCGCAUCUACUACCAAGUCCUCCACAUCCUCAGCUGGGGUGACGGCGAGCACCCCUUCAAGGCUUACCUGGACCUGGACAUCAGUCUGAGUGGGGAGCAGGCUGACCUCUACAUGCAGAAAGCCAUUGUUAUGGCCUUGUCUGCUGCUGACACGCUCAAGAGACUCUUCUUUGUUGGAAGCCUCUUGGACUCCCUCAAGUUCCUUGCUCUGAUUUACCUGGUGACAUACUUGGGAGAUCUGUGCAAUGGACUCACUUUGCUCAUCAUUGGUGUGAUUGCUCUCUUUUCGCUGCCACUUUUCUACAGACAACGCCAGGAACAGGUGAACGGCUUCUUUGCAAAGAUCCAGGCCAAAAUUGACAACAUCAAGGACAUUCUGCAAAGACUGGUCCAGGGUGGCGGCCCUCCCCCCGACCCAACUCCCGGUGGCGCCAAACCCAAAACCCAAUAAACACACAUGGACAAGAACUUUAAGAAGGGUUGACGAGGAGAAUUGAUACCAGAGUUACAGGCUGUCACUCAGAUGUCUUACCCAGCAGUCUGUGUUCAGAGCUCCAGAGGAAGGAGCUUCAGAGACAAGGGAAGGGAAGGGAAGGGAAGGGAGGGGAGGUUACUUACAGGGAUCAUGAUUGGACUGAAGCAUGGUACUUUAUACUCUACAGGAUGUACUGGUACUUUAUCUGUAUGUAAGGAAUGGAGCUGGAGGUUGGGUUGGAUUAGCUCUUGAGGCAAUGAAAUCGAGGCGUAUGAAUCCCGGAUGAGUCUUGUUGAAACUGUCGGAGAUGUUAUGAUGAAAGCGAGUCGUAUCUGGCUGUCUUUGGAAAUGACCACACAGUGUUUUUACUGUCUUAGGAGUGAUUCAAGAAGUGGCUUGGCUGAUUGACAGCUGCAACCAAAUGAGGUACAAAGACCAGGAAUGGGACGCUCUGUAGAUGAGACGCCCGUGAUGAGGGGAUUUGAUCUAGAGUUCAGCAGGAAUUGAGCUCAUGUGCUUCCCUUCAGAAAGAACAGGGAGGUCAUCCCAGAGGUUAAAGGUCAAUGGUCAUCCAUCCAACCAGGGGGUCAUCAUUAUUCAUGGCAGCAUACAACUGGCAAUCAGAAUGCAUGUGUCUAUGCGAGAGCACGUGUCCAUUCCUGAAUGCUUAUCCAUUUUUCAUAACUGUUUAUUUAUGUGUUUGAAUGUGUAUGAAUAUGUUUAUGUGCGAGUGUGUGUGUGUGUGCGUGUGCAGGUGUGCAUGUGUGUGUGUGUGUGUAUGUUUUCUGACAUAUAGCUAGCUGAACUGAACCUGUUACCUGCAAGCUAUUAAAAUAACAUUUCUUCUUUGGGUUACAGAUAUUCUCUUUCUUUUUCUGUCAGCACAGUCAUUCAUGAUUAAUUCAUUACUGUCUGAAUUUUUUGUUCUUGUCUGAGUUUUCUCAUGUCAUUUCACCACACUGCUUACACCCCUGGGUGCUGCAGAUUAACCCUCAUUCACUGGCAUAGAUGUAGAGUUUAUUUAGAAAGAUAAAUAGGAAUAGGAAUAAUUAUGAUUAUGAUGUAUCGUAAUUCAUAUGUGGAAUGAAACACACAGUUUCUGACUUGAAGGAGGCUACUCAAUACAGAAGAAAUAUGCUACCUAAGGUGUCAGUGGAGAUGAAGUGUAAGUUGAAGAUCAGACGGAUAAUUAGACAGACAAUCCCCUCCUAUAAUAAGUUAUCUCCAGCCUGGGAGGGAGCGAGCGGAGGAUCAUGGGAGUGAUUUACAGCAGGUGCCUUUCUAACCGCAGGUUAUAGUGCAUGAUCUGACUCACAGUACUUACUAGACAACAGCUUACAGCAACUUCUCUUCCCAAAACAACCCACCUCUCAUGUUCGCCGGUCCAUUGCCUUCUAGAGAAUGGUGUUUUGUAUGGUGUACAAUACUUGUGUGAUAGUACAUGUGUACCAUGACCAGGUAUCUUUCAUAGAAUUAGAGCUAUACCAAUUUUAGGAAUAAUAAAUUAUUCAGGACACCCUGUCAACUGAGAUCCACAUUUCCUAGUUUUCCUAGUUGCUUUAAAAGCCCUCACCAAAACGUGUCUGUUUCCUAUGCCUUAUGAUUGUAUGAUUUAACUGUGUCCUGCAAUGAAAGCCUUGUUAUGUUAACAGACACAAUCUUAGGAUAUGACACCCAAACAAUAUGGCCCUUUAGCCUUAUAAAUUCUCUGUUGCCUAGUAUUGUACCUAGUUGCACACACUGGCCUCCUGUAGCAGUUUUCUGUAUCGAUGCAUAUUAAUUUGUCCAUAGUUUUAACAGCCACUGUCAUUUAUUUAUCCACUUAGAUUUGAUUUAUGUUUGAGUUCAAAGUGAAGAGAAUGAACAUGAUAUAAAAGGCAUUUUUUGAAUGACGUUCCCACACUGUCCACACAGAUUUCAGUUGUAGUUUUUUAGUUUUAUGCUGUGUGGGUUCAAUUUUUAUGGCUGGGAGGAAGAAACUGAAUCAAAAAACAGGAGAGGUAAGUUUUAACAAGUUUCAAGGAAACCACAGUUAUACAUUGGUUAUUUUGUAUUCUUGAAUACAAGUCAAGCCUUCACCCAAACUUUUAAUCUUGCAGUAAUAAUAGAGAUCUUGGGGGGGAAAAAAAUAAACAUUUU